AUGGGUUUUGUUAGUCCAGAAAUUGUCGGAACCCUGGCGCCUAUAAAAGUAGAGGAAGGUUGCGAGGUAACUCCUCCGAUGACCGGUGAUCUAGCUCGAAGUGGCGCUAUUGCACCGUCACCGUCGAUGGACUCUAAUAUAACGCUUUGGCAAUUUCUACUGGAAAUGCUAAACAAGAAUGAAUUUCCGCAUCUGAUCAAGUGGAGUAGUAACGAUGGGGAAUUUAAGCUGGUUGAUGCUGAGGGUGUCGCCAAACUUUGGGGGCUUCGGAAGAACAAACCACAUAUGAAUUACGAUAAGCUGUCGCGGGCUCUUCGCUAUUAUUAUGAUAAGAAUAUUAUAAAAAAAGUAAACGGCCAGAAAUUCGUCUAUCGUUUCGUUGUUCAAGAUAGCUGCAAUAAAGAUAACUUUCAUUUUACGAUGCCAAAAAUAGAACCAAAUGUUGUUGACAAUACUGGAAAAGACACCAACCCGGUGACAUCGAUUCGUCCACAAUUUACUGCAACUCCUUCCGCUUACCAAGGCAACUUGGAUGAGAAUCACGCCCUAAACUUUGCCAACAUUUCAGCUUCAGUCCCUAUGUCAAGUCCCUCACCAGCCAAUAGCAUUUGUACUGCAGACAGUGUUGAAGGAAGUAGUGGUAUUAGCAGUGCAGGACCUCAUUCUUCUCAUUCAACCGACAUAUCAUAUCAGAACUCUGUGGUUCGCAGCACAGCCUCAACGAUUACUUCAUUGCCGUCGACUAGUCAACAAAACCCGUGCGAUCAAGUACCAACGCGACCGGUCUCAGCAUCCUCAACACAUAGCAGCUCAACAGUACAUACCGAAACAACUGAUCUCAGCCAAACGGUUUCGCGAAAGCGCAAAAGCCCGGUGAAUGGUAUAGCAAAAGACCAAGCAGAAUUGGUUUCGGUUGUCCGACCACGUGUAUCAACAUCGCAGGAUUCUGAUUCACCACCAAAGUCUUGUAACACUGCUCCACAAACAUCUUCGUCGUCAACGACUCCUGCACCUACGUUAAAACGACUGAAACCCCGCCCACUGAAUUUGGCCGCAGCCCAGUCGUUAAAUGUAUCGUCGGCAACCAGUUUGAAUUCUGGAAGUACGCUUGUCGCGCAUUCUCCAUAUCUUAAUGGGGCUGCAGCAGCAAUUGCAUCAUCGCCGAUUCUCAACCUCUAUGCGUCAUCCUUAUCGGCAUCGCUUUCCGCAAACUGUAUCCUAUCCAGCAGUCCUUUUAUUCCAUCUCUAACAACUGCUGCAGCAGCUGCAGCCGCUUGUAGUCCAUUGUUUAGUACGAUGAAUUCACCUGUUGCACCUCAGCCACAGAAGGUUGUUACACCGACAGCAGCUACCACCCCAAUCUUCCAGUUUCCUCCGAACCCUCAACAGAUGGCUGCAAUGGCAACCGCAGUUAUGUCGUCACCAUUGUUUCCGUAUUUCGGUCAGUCAAUUAAUCUGGGUGGGCAAGGAUGUCAGACAUAUAGUCGUAGUUUGGUUAGCCGAAGCCCAGAAAGUUUAAAAACACCCGUUGUCAUUCCAAAAGAUUUUUAA